AGGAGGGCGAGGCUAGCCAGGGAGCCUAACCGGCCUCGUGCUCUAGAAUUUUCGUCAGUGUGUCAUGAUCUGUGUGUGAGGAGUGUGGCAGUGCUGCUAGUGACCUUACAUCAGUCCUCUCCUCACCUGCGUGUACCCACGCACUCUCCUCACUAAUACGGUGUGACUCUACACUCCGCUUAAUACGACAAUGUCCGUCAUCGGGAUUGAUUUCGGCAACGAUGGUUGUUACAUCGCUGUGGCCAGACAGGGCGGUAUUGAAACAAUUGCCAACGAUUAUAGUUUACGUUCAACACCAUCAUGUGUUGCAUUUGGAGAGAAAAAUCGUGUCCUUGGUGUAGCUGCUAAGAAUCAGAUGACAACGAACAUGAAAAAUACUAUUCAUAGCUUCAAAAGACUGUUGGGACGACAGUUUAGGGACCCUAAAGUGCAAGCUGAAAUAUCAUCAUUUCCCUUUCGAGUUGUUGAGCUUCCAGACAGAGGUGUUGGUAUCGUGGUGCAGUAUCUUAAUGAAGAGCAAAUAUUCACACCUAUCCAAAUAACAGCAAUGCUUUUCAGCAAACUGAAACUCACAGCUGAGCAAGCGCUUGGUAUUAAGGUCAACGAUGUUGUUAUAGGGGUAAGUUGUUAUUUUACUGAUGCUGACCGUCGUGAAAUUUUGGAAAGUGCAUUUAAUGCCGGGCUAAAGUUUUAAAGUCUUUUCAAUAAAAACCAAACACCCACUGCCCAGAAAUAUGGUUUUUAAAAACCCAAAAACCUUUCCCAGGCCCAGGGGAAAAAAACCCCAAGGAAUUUUGUCUUUGUUGAUUGUGGAAAUUCAAAUUACAGGUAAGUGUCUGCUGUAGCCUUUAAUAAAGGGAAACUUAAGAUGUUGGCCACAGCUGCAGAUGCCAAUCUUGGAGGCCGUGACUUUGAUCGUCUCAUGGCUCAUCAUUUUGCCAUGGAAUUUAAAUCAAAAUACAAGAUUGAUGCAACUGGAAAUCCUCGUGCCUGGCUUCGACUCUGUACUGAGGUAGAGAAGCUCAAGAAACAAAUGUCGGCCAAUUCUACAGAUCUUCCUAUUAAUAUUGAGUGCUUUAUGGAUGAUAAAGAUGUAUCUGCCAAAUUAAACAGGGCCACCAUGGAGGAAAUGGCUGCUCCUCUUUUGAAGCGUGUAGAGUCAACUCUACAACAUUGCCUUCAAGACUCAUCACUGAAGCUGGAUGACAUCUCAAGUGUUGAGAUUGUUGGUGGAUCGACUCGUAUUCCAGCAAUCAAACUACUAAUUGAAAAGGUGUUUAACAAGGUACCAUCUACGACACUUAACCAAGAUGAAGCUGUAGCCAGAGGGUGUGCUCUUCAGUGUGCAAUGCUUUCUCCAGCAUUUAAGGUUCGCGAAUUUUCAGUUACAGAUGUUCAACCUUAUAGCAUUCGUCUUGUGUGGCAAGAUGAAUCAGGACAGGAAGGAGAUAUGGAGGUCUUUCCUAAGAAUCAUCAGGUACCAUUUUCUAAGAUGCUGACAUUCUACCGCCGUGAGCCAUUUACACUACAGGCACAGUACACUGUCCCAUCAACUUUCCCAGACCCUAUCAUUGGCCAUUAUACAGUGGAAAAUGUUGCUCCUGGGCCAGAGGGAGAGUGCCUAAAGGUGAAAGUAAAAGUGCGAGUAAACCUGCAUGGACUGUUCACUGUUGCUUCAGCUUCCCUGACAGAAAAGAGAGAGACAACUGAGGAGUCCCAAGAAAUCAUGGAAACUGAGGAUAAGCAAGAUAAGGCAUCAACUGAUGGACCUGUGAAUAACCAGGACAGUAAAGUGGAGAAUCAUAGUACUCCAGCUGAAGAAGGAAGUCAGCAAGAGAAAAUGGAAACAGAGAAAUCCACAGAGACUCCUACACCAACUAAGGUAACCAAGAAUGAAGGCAAUGAAAAGAAGGGAAAAAAAGUGUUGAAGACGGUGGAACUGCCAAUUAAGGAAGUUAUCAAGUCUCUCAACACUGCUGAUCUCAAUUCCUUAGUGGAACGUGAAUCUCAAAUGGUCCAAGCUGACAAAUUAGAGAAUGACCGUAUUAAUGCAAAGAAUGCUGUUGAAGAGUAUGUUUAUGAUGUGCGUAGUCGUAUUUACGAUGAUCUUGAACAGUACAUCAGCCCAAGUGAUAGGGAGAAACUAAGUCAUCAGCUGGAAGAUACAGAGACUUGGCUGUAUGAAGAAGGAGAAGACUGUAACAAGCAGGUGUACCUUGAUAAGUUAGCAGAAUUAAAGGUGGAGAAAGUCAUUGUUGAGAAACAAGAAUGGGUCGAUAAAAAUUUAGGUGUAAUUACUGCUACUGCACUUCAUGUUGAUCUUCCUAUCACAGCAUCACAAGUGCGUUCUGAAAAGUCCUCUUUUGAUGCUUUAGUAAACCCCAUCAUAAAUAAGCCCAAACCUAAACCCAAGGUGGAAGAGCCUCCACCAGCAGAGAAGAAAGAGGAAGACAAAGCAGAGGGUGAGCAACCUAAUGGGCCAAAGAUUAAUGGACAAGAGCAGGAGCAAUCUAAUGAAAAGCCUACAGAACCAAUGGAUGUUGACUAAUUAGCUUAGGAUCUAAUAUUUCUGUUUGUAUGAGGACAGCACUUAAUAGGCUAAUCAAGAAGUUAGCGUAUGAAGAAAUCUUUGUGAAUUAUGCACUACACAUUUUUAACAUGAUCAUUAAGAAUUGAUUGAUAGGAAUGUAUACUGAGCUAUUGCCUUGAAAAAGAAGGAUCUAAAAUAUGUAUUUUGUAAAUUGACUCUGAUCAUUGAAAUGGUAAUUCUAGACACAAAAUAUGGUCAAAUUCUUUGUCAGCUAUAAAAUAGUUUUCUCUAUUCAAGUUAACAUCUAACUCCAGAGAGUUGAUUGUCUUUUACCUCUUGAAUAUUAAACUAAACCUUGAUGAAAAACUAGUAUUUAUAUAGUGAUUAAGAAUUUGGCUCCACUCUCUUGAAACAUUAUCAGCACAUGUAGGAACAGCCUAUGCUGAUAGCACUCCUCAAGUUUAUUUUGACCUCAAGAUGAGAUUGUGGAAUUUUUUUUUUUUUCCUUCUUCAUACUACUAAUAGAUUGUCAGUUGUGAGCAUAGAUAAAAGGCCCAAACUGUCAGGGAUAAAUGUUAAAGCAUUUCAGUGCAGCAUAGAAAGCGUUAAUAUUUGUACAUAAUCAUACGUGCUAAGUGUAGAUCUCAACUUCAUAUUGAAGUUCUUGAGUUUCUAAUUAAGACUACUGUCUUCAAUAUUGCAUCAAGCUUUCACUUUGCUCCAUUUGAAUGUUAAGAUUUGACAAUUUUAAUUAUUUGAGGAAAAAUGUCACUUGAAAGGAAAGGAUCAGUGGAAAAGUUUAUCAUCUAAUUACAGGUGUGACAAACUAAAAUUAGUGUGUGCAUGCGUGUGCGCAUGUGAGCAACUUUUUUUUUUCCUAUUUAUGUUGGCAGGGGAGCUCUAAUUCUUUGUUCCAUAUCAUUGCUUUCAACAGACUUUAAGUGGCUUUGUCAUAAUUACUUACGAACCCAUGUAUGGAGUUAGCAUCCACUGUGUUGUUGUCCCAUUCAUUUCACUAUACUUAUUUGGGUGUGUAAUUUCUAGCAUUGCCUCUUAUUCUUGAUUCAUGAUUCCUGACUGAUUAAUUUGUAUGUCGUGGUCAUAUCCCCCUUUCUUCAUUCUUCCAAGGCAAGAGGCCUAGUUCUUGUUCUUUCCUCAUAGCACAUUCCCCUCGACUCUGACACCAGUUUGCAUGUAGUAGUAGUAGUAGUAAUAGUAGUUACUAAUUGUCAAAGGUACUUGUCAAUAGACACUUGACCUGUUGUUUGGUGUGUGUGUGCAUGCGUGCGUGUGUGUGUGUGCGCGUAUGUGUGCAUAUGUGUGCGUACGUGUGUGCAUGUGUGUGCGCGCGCGUGUAUGUGUUUGUAAAAUUACCAGUAUGCGUGUAUUAACUGUGUGUGUACAGGAAAAGAACUAUGCUCACGGUGGCCUGUCAGUGUGCAAAAUUACCUCUUUGCAGUUACCUAUUUAUAGCUACUGGAGUAGAUGUACACAUUGUGGAUGAGUGUGCACAUGUAUGUAAAUUAAAAAAGCAUGUGUAUGUAUGACACACACAUUGUCAAAAGUAUUCAAUGAAAGCUUAUGUCAACUUGAUGUCAGGCUAGUUAGUAAGCUUAUUUGAUGAGGCUUAAUGCCAAGCUCCUCACUGUAAUCAUUCCACUGUAUCUGCUUCUGUUAAAGGCUGAAUGUCAUUUAAAAUAAGAAUAAUUUUGAGUUCCA